UCUCUCAUUCACUUGCCUAAACAAACAUUUUCUAUUUCAUAUAUAUAACCUUUCUUAGUUUCAUUUCACUUAGGUUACGUUGUGCAUUUGAAACUUUUCCCUCACAAAAAUGGAAGGACGUAGUUUGCACCCCCUAGUGUGUCUUUUGCUUGCUUUGGCCAUUGUCAACACGGUGCAUGGCCAAGGGACGCGUGUAGGGUUCUAUUCAAGUGCAUGUCCACGCGCUGAGUUCAUUGUUAGGUCCACGGUUCAAUCCCACGUUAGAUCUGAUCCUACCUUGGCUGCUGGGUUGCUUCGGAUGCACUUCCAUGACUGCUUUGUCCAAGGUUGUGAUGCUUCCGUUCUCAUUGCUGGUGCUGGCACUGAGAGAACAGCAUUUGCAAACCUUGGUUUAAGAGGUUAUGAAGUCAUUGAUGAUGCAAAGACACAGCUCGAAGCUGCAUGCCCUGGUGUUGUGUCUUGUGCUGACAUCCUUGCUCUUGCUGCUCGUGAUUCCGUUGUGCUGAGUGGUGGACUUAGUUGGCAGGUGCCUACUGGACGCAGAGAUGGACGCAUAUCACAGGCUUCCGAUGUAAAUAACUUGCCAGCUCCUUUUGACUCUGUUGAUGUUCAAAAACAAAAGUUCUCAGCUAAGGGUCUCAACACUCAAGACCUCGUCACCCUUGUUGGUGGACAUACAAUUGGAACAACAGCUUGUCAAUUCUUCAGUAACAGAUUAUACAACUUCACUGCAAAUGGUCCUGACUCUUCCAUCAACCCUUCAUUUCUUCCUCAACUACGAGCACUGUGCCCUCAAAACAGUGGUGCUUCAAACCGAGUUGCACUAGACACCGGUAGUCAAAACAGAUUUGAUGCAUCUUACUUCGCUAACUUGAGGAACGGACGUGGAAUUCUUCAGUCUGAUCAAGCGCUUUGGAAUGAUGCUUCCACAAAGACAUUUGUGCAGAGGUAUGUGGUCCUCAAAGGCUUGGUAUUCAACGUGGAAUUUGGAAGGUCUAUGGUGAAGAUGAGCAACAUUGAGUUGAAGACCGGUACUGAUGGUGAAAUUCGCAAGAUUUGUUCUGCUAUCAACUAGCUACCCACUUGAAAUAGAUUGAUACAUUGCUUCCAAAAAGUGGUUUUAUUUAUCUUUCUUCAAGUGUAUAUCAUAACUUCGUAGUCUCAAAUUUCUUUUUCUUCUGUUUUUGCUGGUGAGACAAAAUGUUUCGGAAGUGUAAAAGUUACAGAAAAUGUAAUAGAAUAAAUUUUUAAGAUAUUUUAUUAAAUCUGAAGCCUCUCUCACAA